AUGCUUGGGCAAACCUCCUGCUGCGCGCAGCGCCAGGAGGAGGUGGUAGAUGCCCUGCUGAGGCGUGCCGAAGAUCGCCUUGACAGGCUUUGCCAGCAGGUGCGCGCCAAGAUUUCCAGGGAGAUGGAUGACGCAACCUGUAAGCUCCUGGCACGAGCAGCUCCAGGCUCUGAGUUUCUGGCUGCCGAGAGCGCCCCCGUGUUGAAUGAGUGGCCUGAAAAUGAUGCUGACCUGAAGACCACCACGCCAGACCCUCCCGCCGACGUGAACGACCCGCAGCGGGCACAAUCCCGGCGCACCAGCACAAUGAUGAAGAAAAAGGAUGAGCCGGGUGCGGCGCACCGCAUCUUAGGGCUCCCCAGUACUGGCUCAGAGCGUGGUGCCGUGGUGGAAAGCAGUAGCUGGCUGCACGCCAUGGGGCUACAGAUCGUGACGAGCGCACGCUUUGAGUUCGUCAGCAUGUCGAUGAUUGUGGUGUAUUCGCUUGUGCUCGGCCUCCAGAUCAAUUACUUGGCAACGACUCUGACAGAUGACGCAGGUUGGUGGGAUGAGUUGGAUGUGGCCUUUGGCGCCUACUUCCUUUUCGAGGUGGCCCUCAAGCUCUUCGUGUAUCGCCUCAGCUUCUUCACUAUGCAUGGCUGCUUCUGGAACCUACUGGACUUGGUACUCUGUGCAUUGCAGCUCUUCGAAGAAAUCGCGAUGCUGACGCUCUGGGGGGGCAACGUAGGGAUGCCCCAGGCCGGCGCCAUGAGAACCGUACGCCUCCUGCGCAGCAUUAAGGUGAUGAGGCUGAUCCGCGCGGUCAAGUUUGCUGAAGAGCUGCAACUUCUGGUGAGCUGCUUGUUGCUCUCGAUGCAGACCUUCAUGUGGGUGUUGGUGCUGCUGGUGAUGACUGUUUAUGUCAUAGCGAUCUACAUUACGCAAACAGUGUACGUCUACAGGCUUGACAACCCGGGCAACGCGGAACUCGCGGACAAGUUUGGCACUUUGUGGGUUAGCAUGCUGUCAGUCUUCCAAUCUCUCACUGGAGGUAUGGAUUGGAACGAUGUGUCCGAUCCCCUCAUCAAGUACAUCUCCCCGGCGUUUGGAACGGUCUACGUGGUUUACAAUGCUUUCUGCUACCUGGCCCUGAUGAAUGUCAUCACAGGCACCUUUGUGGAGGCGGUCAGUGAACAAGCAGAAGGCCUCAAAACUCGAUCGCGGACGCUGAGGGCGCGCCAAGCUUUCCGCGACGUCGAUGAGGAUGAGUCCGGCCUGAUAAACCUCUCCGAGCUCACCAGCUCUACAAAUGCUGCAGCCAUGGACGAGUUCUUCAGAUCGAUGCGAGUGGAGCCGACUGAGGCCAAGAACCUCCUGGAGGUGUUGGACGAGGAUGGAUCUGGGACCAUCAACUUCGAUGAGUUCCUCCAGGGCACCCUGAGGCUUCACAGCCCGGCCAGGGAGGCAGACGUGGUGCUCUUGGGGCAUGAGAUGAAGCAGCUCUUCACGAGCACGCGGAAGGAGAUGAAGCUCAUCAGGGAUUAUUUGGAGAGGCCGGCUUGGAGUGCGUAG